AUGCUGACGUAUGUUCUAAUAUCUCUUAGACACACAUGGCUCGACCCGGAUGAAAACAUCGAGCUACGGCAUCAGAUCACAGACCUUCUCGGAGAGAUAACCAGCUCCAUACUGCCCAACCUUGAAGAGAAGGGUAGUAUGAGUCUUGUGGCAUUCCAUGAAAAGCUUGACCCAGACUCACAUUACCGCUUCGUGGAUUUCAUGCGCCAACUUCUUCUAGCGCGAGAAGCAAACCUCCGCAUCCAGCGAGCCAAGCGAAGGUGGUACGGCGGAAUCACCAGCCGUGCCAUCUACGACAUGGUGGCAGCUGACUUAUUUGCAAGACAUAUGGAGCCCAAAGAUGGCCCUGAACAAGGCUAUACGCCCUCCCCCGGUGUAGUUAAGCAGCAGCUUGAUGGCGUUAUCAAAUUUGCGGACGAGAUGCGAUGGCCAUAUGCAGACGAGAUUCGGCAAGCAGCAAUAAAACUCCAAAACAUGGUGCUCGAUGAAAUGGACAUUGAUUUGCGAGUUGCUGACUGGAUAUGCGGCUGGGUGCUCCCCGGAGGAACAUUCUCUAUGACACUUGUUGCGGUGUUAUACAACCUCUCGUCAACACUACGAGGCCACUUGCCUAUCGGAGCUAUUCGGCUCAAUUCGGGCUGCUUUGGCAUAAUUUUUCCACAUGCCUCCUACUGGAAUGUUCGCUCAGUAUUGGGCAAGGUUUUGGCACCACUUGCCCUUGAUUCAGAAUCUGGUCACUCUCAGGUCCGGUGUCUGGGUGGGUGGGUCGGACCAUGUCCUUCGGUCUCUCUUCCUGAUUGUGCCUUUGGAAGAUUGGUCAUGCUGUCAGGCCACGCGCCUCCAUCUGUGGAUAGUCAAGACAAAGAAACAACAAAACACAAGAAUGUGCAGGGAGAUGGUGUUGCAUGGACACUACCAACACCGCCCGAGUUGUCCCCCUACACAGCUGUACUCCAAGCUGUUCGCCUCUCAAAGGCACCACCAAGCCCCGAGAGAAUAGCAAGGGAUGCAGAAAGCUUCAGUGCGCGGCUUGAUUUCUGCCUAACCCGCAGUCGGACCUACGUCACAUUCACACUCUAUACAAACAGCGUGUUCAUUGCUGCGCCUCCGUGUCAGGGCACACACAGAGUGGACCCACAUGCCUCCGAGAAAUACACUUUCGCAGUACGAGGGAUAGAGGAGUUGGCACAGAUUGCAAGGAAAGGUGGUAGCUCUGCAAAAGUGGCCAUUCUGGUCAUCAAUGCUACCGGUGGCCCAGCCAGCGAGGUAUUUGCACGGGCAUGGUGCUGUCAUACAGGAACCAAUGCAGUGAUAUGGAAGCGUGAGGGAGGAAUGUGUUGUUUCAAGUGUGCACUGCUGGUUGCAUCCACAGACGGACUGGCGAUGGGGGUGUUGAUUGCUACAUGA